AUUUCCGUACGAGUACGUGGAUUGCGUGGACAAGCUGCAGGACAUAUGUUUACCGCCGCGCGAAUUAUUUUUCAGUUCCCUGACCGGUGAUACUGUAUCCGAGAGCGAUUACGCGCACGCCGAGAAUGUCUGGAAGCGAUUCUCCAUUCGAAAAUUGGGUGAAUAUAGUGAUCUAUAUUUGAAAACAGAUGUUUUAUUAUUAGCUGAUAUUUUUGAAAAUUUCCGCGAUAAAUGCUUAGAAAGUUAUGGCCUCGAUCCCGCACAUUAUUACACUCUCCCCGGAUACACGUGGGAUGCUAUGUUAAAAUACACCAACAUCACUUUAGAACUGCUUACUGACAUUGACAUGGUAAUGUUUAUAGAACGCGGUAUACGCGGUAGCCUCAGUCAAUGUUCAGGCAGACAUGCGCGAGCCAAUAACAAGUACAUGCAGACGUACGACCCAUUGAAACCAUCCUCAUAUCUUAUGUACUUUGACGUCAAUAAUUUGUACGGAUGAGCAAUGUGUCAACCGUUGCCCUAUGGAGAAUUUCAAUGGGUCAAAGAUGUCUCAAAUUUUGACGUGUGUGCGAUCGCUCCUGAUUCACCAACGGGAUACAUUCUCGAAGUUGAUCUCGAGUAUCCCCGAGACCUUCACGAUGAGCACACUGACCUACCUUUCUGCCCGACACGCGAUAAACCGCCAGGCAAGUGUGAAUAUAAACUUUUAGCGACCUUGUAUGAUAAGAAACGUUACGUCAUCCACUACCGCAACCUGCAGCAGUGCACGCGUCACGGUCUUCAUAUCGCGAAGAUACACCGUGUGUUAAAAUUCGCACAAUCUCCAUGGCUCUGUAAGUACAUAGAGUUAAACACACAAUUCCGAACCAUCGCUAAAAAUGAUUUCGAAAAAAAUUUGUAUAAAUUAAUGAAUAAUGCGGUGUUUGGUAAAACCAUGGAGAAUGUGCGCAAUCAUGUUGACGUUAAAUUGUUGACGACAUGGGCGGGGCGGUAUGGUGUGGAGACAAUGAUCGCGAAACCAAAUUUUCAUAGUCGAAGUAUUUUUGCGGAAAAUUUAAUCACCGUUGAACUUAAAAAACUCGAGGUAAAGUUAUAUAAGCCGAUUUACGUAGGCAUGUGUAUCCUAGAUAUUUCUAAGACGUGUCUAUAUGAUUUCACCACGAGUACAUGCUACCUUUAUAUCGUGACAAAUGUAGAGUCAUGUACACCGACACUGACAGUCUCAUAUACCUCGUCGAGUGUGAGGAUAUUUACGAGACGAUGAAACGCGAUAUCGCUAGGUUUGACACGAGCGAUUAUCCAGUCGACAACGCGUACGGUAUGCCUCUUGAGAAUAAAAAAGUUCCGGGUCUAAUGAAAGAUGAGAACAAUGGUAUAAUAAUGACCGAGUUCGUUGGACUUAGAGCAAAGAUGUAUGCGUUGAAGGUGGAUGGAAAGAAGGAUACGAAAAAGGCGAAAGGUGUCAAGAAUAGUGUAGUAGCGCGAACCAUAACGUUUGAUGAUUACACCCAGUGUUUGAGAGAUGAGAUUGAGAUGACGCGCCGCCAAUCAUGCAUAAGAUCCAAGAUGCAUGAAGUAUAUACGGUGUCCGAAACGAAAAUUGCUUUGAGUCCGUACGACGAUAAGAGAUACCUUGUACCCGAUUCAGUUGAAACGUUACCGUGGGGGCAUUAUCGAAUAUCGCUAUAAUAUUUUAUAUUUUAUAUACACAUUUUAUAA